CUUCUUUCUUUCUUUCUUUCCAACAGGCUAAAUUUCGGGGGGACGAUGGCAGUGAGCGACAAUUCUUCCUCCGAUGAAGACGACGAGCCAUUCGUCUCGAUCGGCAGGGCCACCAGCAGCUCCAGCAGCGGCAGCGACAGCAGCAGUAGCGGCGGCAGCGUCGUUUGCAGUGGCCGGACAAAUUCCAAGAUCAAGAGGAGCAGCGAUGCCGGGCGGAGGAUCCAGCAUGGAAGGCUCUACGACUCCACGAACGGGAUUACUUGCCACUGGUGCCGCCAGAAAACAGUGGAGGACAAGGUGUGCUGCAGCCGCUGCCCCAUCAGCUUUUGCGGGAGCUGCCUCGCCAAUCGCCAUGGCGAGAUUCUUGACGAGCAGAUGGAGGAGGGCGUGCGCUGGGUCUGUCCCAAGUGCCGCGGCGGCUGCGGCCCUGGCUGCGUGGAUUCUUGCUGUAACUGUGGCCCCUGCCGCAAGGCGCAAGGAUUGGCGCCGACGGGCGUCCUCAAGCACGGAGCUGCGAAGUCCGGAUUCAACAAUGCGCAUGACUACUUGAUCCAUCUCGAGACUGGUGAGUCCGUGAGAGAGAUCGCACAGCGCAAGCUCGGGAGGGACUGGAUCAAGCCCGGCAGCACGGUUCGUUACGACACCGAGCCGAUCUUUCGGAGGAGGAUCAUCCGGACUCUUGACGAUGAGGAGUGCACGCCAAAGAAGCGGCGGACCUGCGAGGCCGAGGAGAGGACGCCUCCAUCGAGUAUGCGUGGAGCGCUCAGGGGAGCACAGCUACGGCGGUAUCUUUCUCAGCUAGCGUCCGACAAGGCCGCGGAUAAAGCCAUCGCCGAGGAGGACGAGGAGGCCAGUGGCAGGGACGUCGCUUCGCUUGGAAGUAGAGUAAAGCUCCGGCUUUUUCAGUCGCGUGUCAAGGGCGAGAAGAUGGACCACGUUGGGACGAGCUCGAUAGCUGCUGCUGCCCCAGCGAUCAAGACAGAAAAGCCGGCAGACGAAGAGCAAGGUAAGGUUUUCAGUCGCCAAAAGCAAGUGAAGAUGGAAAAGGAUGGUGAAGCGUCGGCUCCUGCUUCCCAGAGCCACCAACAAGCCGGGGAGCGCUUCCGAGAGAUCUUCUCUGAGGCAAAGCAGACGAAAGAACGAGAGGAGAAGGAUGAAGUUAACGUUGGUGCUCGAGUCAAGGCCGAAAAGGAGGAUAGUCCGAGGACAGGGAGCGAGCAGAGGGCAACUGUUGCGAUCGUCAAGAACGAAGAAGGUGGUGACAAGAAGACGAUCAGAGCAGGCAUUAGUAGUGAAGAGGGGCGGGUUUCUAGAGGAGAAACUCCUAGCGACACCCAGGACGAACGAGGAAUCGAACACGAUAGUGGCAGCAGGGAGAAUACACCCGCACCGUGGAGCCGCGCUAGGAACCUGGAGAGAGCUCGCGAGCACGCUCAGGUGUUCCAUAGAGCUUGCCGGAGGAACACUAGAAACAGGAGUAACUAUUCGCACUUGGUGGAUUCCGCAGCGAGCGAGAGUGAGGAAGAGGAGGAGCUGGAACCCGACAGCGAUGAGAGCUCGAGACGCACCCAGAGUAGCUCGCUCACCGAGCAGCAGGACUCCGACUCGGACAAUGGGACAAAGGAUGAAGGAUUUGUUCUAGGCCGAGACGCUGGACUUUUGUAUCGCCAGCAGCUUGAGAAGGAGCUUGAGAAGCCCUUCGAUUCUCAGCAGCUAGAGAGCAUGCUCAAGCAAGCGAGCUGUAGGAAGCCAGUUCUUCGUCACAGGGACACAAGGCGCGGGAGUAUGCCAAUCGCUACUACCGUCACAGCUCCUUCCUAUCUGGACUAUCAUCCAGAUCUUGCGGAGAAAGUAGAAGUGGCUGAAGAUGAGGAAAAGCUCCGCCUCUUACGUGGUUUCUUCUUCUGGCUUAUGAAAACCUGCGAUCCUGGAGCUUUCAAGCCAUGGGUGACUCUCUCAGACCAGGAGAAAGGCAGCGACGAUUGCUACUUUGAUGAUCCAGACUGCGAGAUUACUGCAGUGGUGGUGCCACUGGACGAGCAGCGAGAAGCAAAAAACCUGCUGAGGCAGCGAAAAACUUCGAUCGCCCCAGCGCUUUCAGAUGAAAACGAAGAGACUCCGACUGGGCACGCCAAAGUUAAGGAAGAGAAACUCUCUGAUGAGGGAGGUGCCAAAGAGAAAAUCGCCGGUGGAAUUGGCGUCAAAGUUAAGGAGGAGAAGCUCACAGAAUGAGAGAGAGAGAAUUCCGCGCAGGAUCGAGACACUCUGAAGAUAUAAAAAUUUUGGUAAGUAGCAGCAGUAGCUGGCUAGGCGGAUUUAAGUGAAGUCACUGUGUAAUGUUACGCAAGAAAGGAAGAACAAAGAAUGAUUUUUUUUUGUU